AUGGCUGACGCUGAGGCUGCUUGCACCUACGCGUGCCUCCUGCUGCACGAUGACGGCGUGGAGAUCACGGCCGACAAGAUUCAGAAGGUCCUGGACGCCGCUGGCGUGAAGGUCGAGACCUACUGGCCCACUCUCUUCGCGAGGACCCUGGCCGUGAAGAACAUGGACGACCUCAUCACGAACAUCGGCUCCGGCGCUCCGGUGGCUGCUGGCGGCGCCCCCGCUGCUGGCGGUGGCGGCGGUGGCGCUGCCCCCGCGGCUGAGGAGAAGAAGAAGGAGGAGUCCGAGGAGGACGAGGACAUGGGCUUCUCGCUCUUCGACUGA